AUGGGCAGCAGCAACAAGGCUCCACCAACCACAUCCUACCUACCCAGCAUCGAGGAGGAUAUCGAAGCCGUCCCACCAACCCCUGAGCACGAAACUGUGGCUUUGUCCAUGGACUCCAUCGAGCCAACCGACGAGGAGAAUACCGGCCAUCCAUCUUGCGGCACACACCCUCAUCUUCUCCCUUCCCUUUGCCUUCUACCUCACUAUCGACAUUUCAACCUCACAGUAUGUAUUUCGUCGGCCACAGCCUCACCCGUGCACCACUCUUCUUCUGAAUCCAGUGGGGACUUCUCGUCCUCGCCAAGGUCCAUUCCGAAUUUCUCAUCGUACACCUCGAUAUCCGAGGAAGACUCGGAGGAGGAAGAGUGGGAUGAAGUAGGUAGCGACCAUGAGGGCGAUGAUGCGGCCGAAGCCGAAAGCGACAGCGACAGCGACAGCGACAGCGAUAGCGAGACAUCCCUCGAAAUUUACGCAGUCGCGACACGGCAACCAGAAUACCUAGGGGUACGGUAUCCGGGGAUGGACAUUUUUGCUCUGGAAAAGGUUAUACUCCUGCACAUGGUCAUGGUGGUGAUUGACCAGGAGCCCGAAGGAAUCCUUAUGGACGAUGAGUGGGAUGAUGGUUGCGAGGGCUAUGACGACUAUGAAGACUCUGAAUGGGACUUUGAAAGCGGCUCCGAAACUGAAAGCAGAAUGGUGGGGAGCUGGAAUGUGGAUGGUUCAUCAUAA